AUGGGAAAUCAUAUAGGCAGUCUAAAGAAAGAGGAGGUCGAACAACUUGUAUCAUCCUCACAUUUUGAUGCCAAAGAAUUGAAAUCAUUGUUUAAAGACUUUAAAAAGGAUUCACCUGGUGGUGGUGUCAUCGGUAAAACAGAGUUUAGAGACAUCAUGACACAAAUGGGUAUUGCUGAUACAUUCUUACACGAACUACUAUUCAAUGUUUUCGAUAAAAACAAAGAUAAUACAAUCAAUUUUCAAGAGUUUGUUUGUGGAUUAUCAGUUAUAACAAGAGGUACUCCAGAAGAGAAAAUAGAGUUUGCAUUUUCAUUGUACGAUUUAGAUGGUAAUGGAUAUAUAACAAAGAAGGAGAUGGAAUCAAUAUUGGAGAGUAUGUACAGGUUGGUUGGACCGUUCGUAACAUGCAGUGGAAAGCGACUCGAUCAACAAGAUAUGAUCGAUGACUUUUUCGAGAAGAUGGAUGACAAUGGUGAUGGUAUGAUAUCACUCGAGGAAUAUAAAAGAGGUACUUUAAAGAAUCCUGAUAUCAUUCAAGGUUUAAAGAUAAUACAAUAA